AUGCCAAAGGCAGCAAAAAAGUAUUACGCUGUGAGAGUUGGUCGCGAAGGACCACGAAUAUAUGACUCCUGGGCUGAGGUGAGUUUUCUCUUAGUCAUAUUACCAGCUUCGAGUAUGGAAUCUAUAUCGUCUAGUGGACCCAGCGUGUCAUGGACCUUUAAGCCGAGAGUGGCAAGAUUCAAUGAAGCAAAAGCAGAGAGGCAACCACCAACCUUUGAAGGACGCGAUCGGACUCCCAUCGAGACACAAACACCUGGACCUUCAUCGGAGAGUAUCAUUCUUUCAGAGGAGCAAAAAAAUGUGCUUCGAAGGGUCGAGCGUGGCGAGAAUGUGUUCUUUACCGGGUCUGCGGGCACCGGUAAAUCUGUUCUCUUACGAGAAAUCAUUCGAGUGCGUGGUGGGCGGGGCCACUCAGGUCUCGCUAUAACAGCCUCAACGGGAAUAGCAUCAGUUAACAUUGGCGGAACUACCGUGCAUUCAUGGGCGGGUAUCGGGCUUGGUCUAGAAGAUGCAAAAAAGCUUGGGGGUAAAUUUCUUGGUCAGCCUAAGUUUGAACGGGUCAAGCAACGGUGGCAAUGCGUUCAAACUCUCAUAAUAGAUGAAGGUUUGCGGCAUACGGAAGCCAUUGCUCGCAUUGUAAGGCGAUCAGACAAACCUUUUGGUGGAAUACAACAAAGUAAGCGAUACUUUGUGAUUCCGCCUUCACUCGCCUACAUAAAUUUAGAAUUUGUCGACAUGCUCAACGCGAUGCGUUUUGGAAAGUUGGAUAAAGCUUCUGUUCAAGCUUUUUUCAGUCUUUCGCGCCCAGUCGUGUAUGAGGAUGGCAUCGGGCCAACACAGCUGUACCCUAUUCGCUCAGAGGUUGAUUCAGCAAACCAAAGAAAGCUUGCUUCACUGCCUGGCGAUGGAAUUAAAUACCCGGCAACUGACUCACCUGGACGCGAUUCGAAUGACAAUCUUGUUUCACUCGAACAGAUGGGACGCUUGUUGGAAAGGCUUGUGGCACAACGAGUGAUCCAUCUAAAAAACAUGGUGCAGGGGCAGUUGGUAAACGGGUCUGUGGGGCAAGUGAUCAGAUUUAGUACUUCCGAGGAGGCUAUGCAGACCGCUACUCCAAUUGCCACGGAAGAGGGUCUCAAGGGUGGCCCCUCCACGAAGUCCGAGCUCCCUGCCAACUACGACAACUCGCAAUGGCCCGUUGUCCGAUUCACGUGUGGCAAAGAACUACUGUGUGUGCCAACCGACUUUACCGUCGAUAAUGCAGAUGGUGGUGUAGAGGCGAGAAGACGACAGGUUCCCUUGAUAUUGGCUUGGGCACUGAGUGUCCAUAAGUCUCAAGGGCAAACUCUUGAAAGGGUGAAAGUGGACCUUGGGCGAACUUUUGAGAAAGGCCAAGGUAAUUUUUUCCUGAAGACUCAUGACGCGUGUUCAUGA